AUGAAUGAAAUAAAUAUGAAUAUAUCAUCAUCUGAUAUUCCAACAAUAUCAACAGAUUUUUUUUAUUUUUCACCAAAUUUACUUGAUAAUAAUAUUCAUGCAAUAGAUAAUCAAACAUUAUCAUUAUUACAAUUUAAUCAUCAAUGGAUAUUUUCAUUAUUUAUACUUUCAUUAAUUGGUAUUUUAUUAACAAUAAUUAUAUCAUUUUUAUAUUUAUAUUUAUCAAUGCAUCAUUUAAAUUUAGUAAAUUUACUUCUUUGUUUAAGUAUAUGUUUUAUUUAUAUAAUUGUUAUCAUUUUUUUAAUACGUGCAUUAUUAUGUCGUUAUAUUAUGAAAUGGUUAUCAACAAGAAUUUUAUCAAAACGUACAAAACAAUUAACAUCUUUAUUAAUUUAUUUCUUACUUAUAUUUAUACAAAUACCAAUUGGUAUACUUUGGUGGUAUUUUACUAUUCCACGUAUAUGUCAACAACAACCAAUAGAUGAAUAUACAAAAUUUAAAUUUCAUUUUUCAAAACAAAUAUCAUCAAUACAACCAUGUUCAUUUCAAUGUAUUGUUGAUUAUCGAUUUUAUGCAACAUAUACAUAUACCAUAUUAGAAUUAUUUCUAUGUACAAUAAUAUCAAUAUGUUUAUUUGUAUGUCGUCAUUGUCAUCAAGAUCAAAAUGAAGAAGAUCAGUUAAUACCAAUAAAUAAUAAUCAUAAUAAAUUUUUAAGAUUUUUUAAUAUGUUUGCAUUUAUUUUAAUUGAUAUAACAUGGUUAAUAUGGACAUUUAUUUAUUAUUUUACUCAUCCAUAUUUUGUAUUUCCAUCACUUGUUAUUGGUAUGUUUACAAUAGGAACAAUAUGUUUAUUAUUUAUUCUUAUUCCACAAGUUUAUUUUUAUUCGAAAACUUCCAUGAAUGAUAUUGAUAUACCACAAACAAUUGUAUUUAGCAAUAAAUUAACAUACAUAGAAGAUAUAAAAGAUAAUGAUUUACUUAGUGAUGAACAAUUUACAGAUCAAUUUAAUCAAAAUAAACAACAAAAAUUAUCAAAUGGAAGUGAAUUAUCUUAUGAAUUAGCUACGAGUGGAACAUUUUUACCAAUUACAAAAACACCUAAAGGACCAUUUAAAGUUAUAAAUAAAGAUAAAGCAAUAUCAACUGAAAAAAUCAAUAAAUUAAUUUAUGAUAAACAUUCUAAUACAGUAAAAAUAACAAAUAAUUAUGAUCAAUCAAUUAUAAAUGAAAAUGAAAUAAAUACACCAGUAAAUCAUAGAAUAAAUCAAAAAGAACAAGAACAACUAAAAUCAUCUUUAGUAUCAUUACAACGUCAAUCAACACCAAGCAAUAAAACUUGUGAUUCGAUAAAUCCAAUUGUAAGAAGAGAACAUCACUAUCAACCAAAUUCAAAGAUUCAACCAUCCGCAUCUUCAAUAUAUUACUCAUCACGUACUCCUCCGCAUUAUGAUGAAACACUUAUACCAAUUUUAUGUAGUUCACAACGUUCUCAAACAUCAACACCUGUUAAAAUGCGUGUACUUCUUAAAUCAUCAUCAUCUGUACCAAUAACACGUCGUAUUUAUUCAAAUAAUGAUCGUCAAUAUAUUCGACAUCCAUAUCAUCAUAUAUUUCCUCCUCCGACAACAUCACCAAUAACUGCAUUAUAUUAUUCGUCAGGUGAUAAUUUAGGACAAUCAAUAUUAUCAUCAUCUCAUGGUUAUCCAUAUAUAAAUCGUCGAUUUUAUAUGGAUACUCGUUCAUUAUCACAACGUUUAUGGGAUAUUGAUAGUGGUGAUGAUGAAGAUGAAAUUCAAGAAAAUAUUCGUAGUACUCGUGGUUAUAUAACACCCAUGAAAGAGCGUUUAAAAGAUUUUCAUUCAAGUCAUAUUGAAAAUGAUGAUCGUACUAUGUUACAUAUUGGUGACGAUGGCGAUAAAAAAGAAAAUCCAUAUAAUAAAAAAACACCUGUACAUAAAUGA